CCAAUGCUGGGAUAGCAGUUUAGUCGGAUUUGAAUUAAGUACUGUAUUAGUGAUUGCGAGUGAAUUCUGGCAUUGUAAAUGAUUUAAUUAUGUAGGCUUCACAUUUGCGUACACUGAUUAACAUUAUGUAAGGUUUUUUGUUUUGUUUUGUAUUGACGUCUAGUCUAUCUUUUUACAAACGUGUACACACAGAAGAUCUGACAAGAUGGACAAAAUAAGCUAAACAAAAGGAAAUAAUGAUAUGUUGUCCUCCCAUUAAGAGCUAAAACUUACAGACAUAAAAGUUUCUUUAGUUAGGUACAGAAAUAUCACACAUUCUUUCCAGCAAACGAGAUGACGGACACGAAGACGCCUACUGGCUUUCAAUCAUUAUUUAAUAACAUGUCGAGUUACACCAAAAAUUAUGCAUUCUUUCUGAAAUAAAUUUGUUCCGUAUUUACUGCACAAUUCCCUGAAUCACGGAACACAAGGCUAGAAUGCGCACAAACUAGCUUAUUUAUUCCAAUACAAAAUAAUAAUGUUGAUUGGAAUCACGCAUGGAUACUCUAAAUACUAUGAAUUCAAACAUAUUUGUGAAAUUACGACAAAUUAUUGUAUUUACUACCACACAAACUGUUCAUUAAAUCAUAAGCCUCUUACUUUUAAUGGGAAAACAUCUUUUAUUUACUAAAGUACUUGAUACUUUUCAAGUGUACUCGUUUGCCGUUCCUGCUUCCUGAUACAGGCGCGUAUCAGUGCCUAAGUAUCAGGUUGAUGCGUUUCGACCCACCUCUACUUUAUUUACUUUAUGGUUCAAAUGGUUCUGGAAUCGAAUCCCAGCUAAUACAUGGGGGUAACAUUUAAAUGUAGGUAUUACGUUGAACAUUAAACUGAGAUUGCGAAAGAGAAUAAUGACACUAUGGUUGUUCCUUACGUGCUUUUCUCCCCCCUUUUCCACAUAAUAUAUAAACAAAUCUUAAACAACUCGGUGGCUGACGGACGCAACAGGAAUUUGUAAUAGCUUAACAGAUGCAAGAAUGUGUGAAGUGGUGAGGAGUAACUUUGAGGAAAAGUUCCCGGAGAUAGAGCAGACCCUGAAGGAAGCCACUUUCAUAGCCGUUGAUGCAGAGUUCAGCGGCGGGAUCAGCAAUGCUGUUCAGUCGAGCAAGCCGAGCCUGUUCGACUCGGCGAGCGAACGCUAUGCGAAGCUGCUUCGGAACUUGGAUGGCUGUAUCAUCAUCCAAAUGGGCCUGACCGCCUUCCGCUUCCACCGCGACGAGAACAAGUACGUCGCCUCCACCUACAACUUCUACGUCUUCCCAAAGCCCUUCGCGUCCGUCGACAUGAAGUUCGUCAUGCAGUCGUCGAGCGUGGAGUUCCUGUGUCUCCAUGGCUUUGACUUCAACAAGCCCAUGCACGAGGGCGUGGGCUACCUGAGCCGGCCGCAGGCAGAGCGGCUGCGUGCGGAGCUGGGGCGCGGCCCCCUCACGCAGCACGUGGAGCGCGCGCUGUCCCUGGAGGAGGAGCGCGCCGUGCAGCACUGGUGCUCGCGCGUGUGCGAGUGGCAGGACAGCGCCGUGCUGGGCGACCGGCUGGAGCUCCGCGCCGGCGACCGCGACGCCUACCUCCCGUAUCUGCUGCACCGCGAGCUGCGCGCCCGCUUCCGCGGCGUCUGGACCUUCCCGGACGCCGGGCAGGUGCUGGUGGUGAAGGUUUCGGAGAGCGAGCGCGAGCGUUUGGAGGAGCAGGAGCGCCGGGAGAACACCCUGGACCGGCAGUUCCUGCAGUCCGCGCUCGGCUUCUCCAAGGUGUUCGGCCUGCUCGCCGACCUCAAGAAGCCCUUGGUGGGCCACAACCUGCUGCUGGACCUCAUGUUCAUGUACAGCCAGUUCCACGAGCCUCUUCCAGCACAGUACUUGAAGUUCAAGAAGAAAAUCUCAGAGCUGUUUCCAACUGUGUUCGACACAAAGUACGUCAGCUUUGAACUGAUGAAGGAGCUACGAAAAGAAGAUAAGUGGGUCUCGAAUAUUCUGGAGGAGAUGUACACAUACUUCAAAGAAGCUCGUGGCCGCGAGAUCGUGAUGUAUUCGCCGCUCGUGGAGUCCACAAAUGGCUUCCACUCCAGUGAUGUGAAGAAGAAGUUUCAUGAAGCCGGUUGGGACUCAUACUGCACUGGAUUCUGCUUCGUAAAGAUGAUGCACAUAAUUGCUUCCAUAAGCCACAGCAGGCACGGGUUCCCCAGGGCGCUGACGAGCUCGGAGCACCUCGCGGCCGUCGCCCGGAUGAAGGGCUGUGUCAACAUGAUCCGAGCCAGCGUUUCUCACGUGUGCCUGCUGGGAGACGACCCUCCGUCGAGGAGACCUCGGCUGUUGCACGUCGCCGCCAAGGGACCCAGAGUCAUCAGCAGCUUGGAGUUGGCAGCACUAUUUGCAGCGUUUGGCGCAGUUGACGUAAAGCUGUGCUCCAAGAGAAGAGCCCUUGUCGCCGUGGGAACACACAGAAUAGCCAGAGAUGCCCUCAGCUCCUUCAAAGGCCACAAGGAACUGGAUGUGAGCCUUUACAGUCCGCUGAGACACUCGUUGCUGGUGCGAGGGCUCCUCUGGAUCGGGCUGGUAACGUCUCUGGCCGGCUGUAGUUGGCUCGUGAUGAGGAGUCUGAACAAGAACUGAACUCCAGCACCGGGCGACCGGAUAGUUUCCAUCACCGUGAAUGUAGAGGGAAGCUGGGAACCAAACGCUGAUCUUAUAGCAGAUGAUGUCGCAAGCUGCAGCCAGGAGGUUGUGCAUGCUGUGAUAAAGCCAGAAAUCAUACAUCUCACAGCUGAACAUUAAAUAGCUUUAAAUUUCUACUACGUAUGUUUGUGCUACAACUUUAUUUUUACUAAUUGAAUUGAAAUACAGUAUUACAGUGAGUAA